AUGAAUAAAGACUUAGAUAUUGAUGAUAUUCUCCAAGAAUUUGAUGAUUCUAAUGUUCACUCAAAGUCUUCAAAAUAUGGAAUUCGUAACUCGGAGAAUAUAUAUGACCAACUUGUGGCAGCUAUGUUAAAUGAAAGAAUGUCUCCAGAUGUAUUACCUUAUAAGCAUGAAUUAAUGAAGGAAGUACUAACACAGUUAUCAAAUCAACAACAGUAUUUGUUGGAUUCUCAUGAAUAUGGCGAUUCGAAUGUGGAAUCUGGUAUUGUCACUGGGGACUUCAAAUUGCAAUUAAUGAUUAUAGAGACUGAUAUAGAGAGAUUGAAUUAUUUAGUAAGGCUAUACCUCCGUACAAGACUAGCAAAGAUUGAUAAAUUCACAAUACACUAUAUUAAUGAAACGUCCAAUGACGAUCCAACGAAUGAUCGGUCGCUUUUGUCACCAGAAGAGACCGAAUAUAUGCAUAAACACUUCAAGAUUUUAACUCAGUUAUAUAAUAACAGUUUUUUGAAAAAAAUGCCCCAUUUUUUGACAUUGUUAGAUGAUACCAGUGGUGGACAAUCAAUGAUAUCAGUACCCGAUAUCAAUCAACCUGUAUUUAUUAAAGUGAUCACUAAAGUCCCAAUAAUAAUCAACUUAGACGAAGAUGAAGAUUUGGAAUUGGUUGAGAACGGAAUUUAUGUUGUUAAAUAUAGCCUAAUUAAAAAGUAUAUAGAGAUAGGUGAUAUCGUAUUAAUAUGA